UUAUAACCCCAAACCCUUCGCCGAGACACGCCCGCUCUUUUCCCUCUUCCCCCCCAAUUCCCCCAUUCCCCCUUUUAUAGCGCAGCGGAGAGAGAGUGCGCCUCCCUCUCUCCAAAGAGCCCGCCGCCAAUCCUAUCGCCGCCGCCGCCGUCGCCGCCGUCCCGCCUCCAUAGUCCUCCUCCUUGUCUCCGCCGCGGCCACCGUACAGAGCCCCAAUCAACCCUCCGUCGGCGAUGGAUCCCGGGUCAACUCAGCUCCAGCAGGCUCAGCUCGCCAUGAUCCUCGGGCCCGACGCGGCCCCCUUCGAAACCCUAAUCUCCCACCUCAUGUCUUCCUCCAACGACCAGCGAUCCACCGCCGAGUCCCUCUUCAACCUCGCCAAGCAGACCGAUCCCAACUCCCUUUCCCUCAAGCUCGCCCACCUUCUCCACUCCUCCCCUCUCAUGGAGCUCCGCGCCAUGUCCGCCAUCCUACUCCGCAAGCUCCUCACCCGGGACGACUCCUACAUAUACCCCCGCCUCACCCUUCAGACCCAGUCCUCCAUCAAAUCCAUCCUCCUCUCCUCGAUUCAGCGCGAGGAGGCGAAAUCCAUUACCAAGAAGCUAUGCGACACCGUCUCCGAGCUCGCCUCCAGCAUCCUCCCCGACAACGGCUGGCCUGAGCUCCUACCCUUCAUGUUCCAGUGCGUCUCCUCCGAUUCCCCCAAGCUCCAGGAGGCUGCGUUCCUCAUCUUUGCGCAGCUUGCCCAGUACAUAGGCGACAUGUUGACUCCCUACAUCAAGGAGCUCCACACGGUCUUCCUGCAGUGCCUGACCUCCUCCUCGAACCCGGACGUGAAGAUUGCAGCCUUGAAUGCUGUUAUUAAUUUUAUUCAGUGUCUGUCAAAUUCAUCCGAUCGUGACAGAUUCCAGGACCUAUUGCCAGCAAUGAUGCACACGUUGACUCAGGCAUUGAACAGUGGGCAAGAGGUUACUGCACAGGAAGCUCUUGAAUUGUUGAUUGAACUAGCCGGGACGGAGCCUAGGUUCUUGAGGAGGCAAUUGGUGGAAGUGGUGGGUUCCAUGUUGCAAAUAGCUGAGGCAGAGUCGUUGGAAGAGGCUACCAGACAUUUGGCAAUCGAAUUUGUGAUUACACUCGCAGAGGCAAGAGAACGGGCGCCGGGGAUGAUGAGGAAGCUGCCCCAGUUUGUUAGUAGGCUUUUUGCCAUUUUGAUGAAGAUGUUGUUGGACAUUGAAGAUGAUCCUGUGUGGCACAGUGCGGAGAGUGAGGAUGAGGAUGCAGGAGAGACAAGUAAUUAUAGCGUAGGGCAGGAGUGCUUGGACCGGCUCUCGAUUUCACUAGGUGGAAACACAGUAGUUCCCGUUGCUUCAGAGCAGUUGCCUGCGUAUCUAGCUGCCCCAGAGUGGCAAAAGCACCAUGCCGCCUUAAUAGCAAUUGCCCAAAUAGCUGAGGGUUGCUCAAAGGUAAUGACUAAGAACUUGGAUAGAGUUGUAUCAAUGGUUUUAAACUCAUUUCAAGACCCACACCCUCGGGUUAGAUGGGCAGCAAUAAACGCGAUCGGGCAGCUAUCAACCGAUUUGGGUCCGGACUUGCAAGUGCAAUAUCACCAGCAGGUUCUUCCAGCAUUGGCUGGGGCUAUGGAUGAUUUCCAGAAUCCUCGUGUGCAGGCUCAUGCUGCAUCUGCUAUACUCAACUUCAGUGAGAACUGCACACCAGAUAUAUUGCUGCCCUACUUAGAUGGGAUAGUGAGCAAACUACUUAUGCUUCUACAGAAUGGCAAACAAAUGGUGCAAGAGGGUGCUUUGACUGCUUUGGCAUCAGUUGCUGAUUCAUCUCAGGAGCACUUCCAAAAAUACUAUGACACUGUCAUGCCGUACUUGAAAGCUAUUUUGAUCAAUGCAACUGACAAGUCCAACCGGAUGCUCCGUGCAAAAGCAAUGGAAUGCAUUAGUUUGGUCGGGAUGGCUGUUGGAAAAGAGAAGUUCAGAGAUGAUGCUAAACAGGUUAUGGAAGUUCUGAUGUCCUUACAAGGAUCCCAGAUGGAGACUGAUGAUCCGACAACGAGUUAUAUGCUACAGGCCUGGGCAAGGCUUUGCAAAUGUUUGGGACAAGACUUUUUGCCAUACAUGAGCGUUGUGAUGCCCCCGUUGCUUCAGUCUGCCCAACUCAAGCCUGAUGUUACCAUCACAUCUGCUGAUUCAGAUAACGAGAAUGACGAGUCUGACGAUGAAGGGAUGGAGACCAUCACUCUUGGGGAUAAGAGGAUCGGGAUCAAAACCAGCGUCUUGGAAGAGAAGGCUACUGCUUGCAACAUGUUGUGUUGCUAUGCUGAUGAAUUGAAGGAAGGCUUUUAUCCCUGGAUUGAUCAGGUGGCUCCGACAUUGGUUCCCCUUCUAAAGUUUUACUUCCAUGAAGAAGUUAGAAAAGCAGCUGUUUCAGCUAUGCCGGAGCUUUUGCGUUCUGCCAAAUUAGCUGUUGAGAAAGGGCUGGCUCAGGGUCGUAAUGAAGCUUACAUAAAGCAACUCUCUGACUACAUUGUUCCGGCUUUGGUGGAGGCUUUGCCUAAGGAACCAGAUACAGAAAUCUGUGCAAAUAUGUUGGACGCCCUGAAUGAAUGCUUGCAGAUUUCUGGACUGCUGUUGGACCAGAAUCAGGUCAAAUCAAUCGUUGAUGAGGUAAAACAAGUAAUUACAGCUAGCUCAAGUAGAAAAAGAGAGCGGGCAGAACGGGCUAAAGCUGAAGACUUUGAUGCUGAGGAGGGGGAGUUGCUUAAAGAGGAGAAUGAGCAAGAGGAAGAAGUUUUUGAGCAAGUGGGUGAAAUCUUGGGCACUUUGGUUAAAACAUUUAAGGCCUCUUUCUUGCCAUUCUUUGAUGAGCUGUCCUCUUACUUGACACCUAUGUGGGGCAAGGAUAAAACAGCUGAUGAGAGGAGAGUUGCAAUCUGCAUUUUCGAUGAUGUUGCCGAGCAGUGUCGGGAAGCAGCUCUUAAGUACUACGAUACAUAUCUACCAUUCCUUUUGGAGGCUUGCAAUGAUGAAAAUGCAGAUGUUCGACAGGCAGCUGUUUAUGGAUUGGGAGUGUGUGCAGAAUUUGGUGGAACGGUGAUCAAACCUCUAGUCGGAGAGGCCCUUUCAAGGUUAAAUGUUGUGAUUCGCGAUCCUAAUGCUCUGCAAUCUGAUAAUGUGAUGGCGUAUGACAAUGCCGUUUCGGCUCUUGGAAAAAUAUGCCAGUUCCAUCGUGAUAGCAUUGAUUCCUCACAGGUUGUUCCGGCAUGGCUAAAUUGUUUGCCAAUAAAAGGUGAUCUGAUUGAGGCCAAAGUAGUUCAUGAAAUGCUCUGCUCUAUGGUGGAGAGAUCCGAUAGAGAACUCCUGGGUCCUAGCAAUCAGUAUCUUCCGAAGAUUGUUGCUGUAUUUGCUGAGGUUUUGUGUGCAGGGAAGGAUCUAGCUACAGAACAAACUGCAAGUCGAAUGAUAAACCUGUUGAGACAGCUUCAGCAGACUCUGCCACCAGCAACUUUGGCAUCGACAUGGUCGUCCCUUCAGCCCCAGCAACAGCUUGCCCUGCAAUCGAUCCUCUCGUCCUAGUGAUAUCAGCCGUGUCCCUACAAUCAUGUCAGGAGUCAGCAUGCUCCUCUUUUGGGGGAGAAUACUGCCGUGCUAUCGGUGUGUCAGAUACCUAUUGUUUAUCACCACCCAUUAUUUUUUCGAGGAAAAAAAAAAGUGGUUGUCAA